GGAUGUGCUGGGAGCAGCCCGCAGAUGUCAGGCAGCAUCUGUGGGUGUUGGACAAGACUCGACGUGAACACGACGCCGCCGUGCCCCGCUCCAGCCCCGCCGGUCGGGACAGGAAGUGGUCUCAGCCGUUGGCAAGGACGCCUCCACGGUCGCGAGGGAAACCGGAUGUGACAUUCCUCUAUCUCGUCGCUAUCAUCAGCUGAGCCACAGGGUCGCAAAAGCCCGGUGCGGGGAGCGGGCGCGGAUGGACGGGAGUUGGGCGCCGCGCAUCGUCUGAGCGGGUCGGGCCGAGUGUGGUCGCCGGACAGCCAGGCGCAGCAGGCGGCCGCGGCGUUUCCAGAGGUCCGAGAACCUGGCGCAGAGGCAAGCAUGUUCCCUCGGCUGCUGCUGGCGGCUUCUGUCGCCAUCGCACUGCAAGUUACCCGGAGCUACAAGCCGGUGAUCGUGGUGCACGGCUUGUUCGACAGCCCCGGGGACCUGCUGACGCUCCAAACUUACAUCAACCAGUCACAUCCUGGAACCAAUGUGACUAUCAUUGACCUGUUCGACCGGACGCAGAGCCUGAAGUCGCUAUGGAGUCAGGUGGAAGGCUUCAAACAAGCUAUCUCCCCCAUCAUGCAAAAUGCAGCCAAUGGAGUACACAUGAUCUGUUACUCCCAAGGUGGCCUGAUUUGUCGGGGAAUUCUCUCCACCAUGCCGGACCACAAUGUGCAGACGCUGAUCGCCUUGUCAGCCCCUCUGCUCGGACAGUACGGAGAUACUGAUUACCUGAAAUGGUUUUUUCCAAAGUACGUGAAGAGCAACCUCUACCACUUCUGCUACUCACAGUUCGGGCAGCGUUUCUCCGUCUGUAACUACUGGAACGACCCUCACCAUCACGACAUGUACCUCAACUUCAGUAACUACCUGGCUCUCCUCAACAACGAGACAAAGAACCCCAAUGCCACAGUGUGGAAGAAGAAUUUCCUGAAGUUGAAGCAGCUUGUUCUGAUUGGUGGGCCGGACGAUGGUGUCAUCACCCCCUGGCAGUCCAGUCACUUUGGAUUUUAUAACGAGAACGAGACGGUGGUGGAGAUGAAGAAUCAGUUGGUUUACCUGAGAGACACGUUUGGGCUAAAGACGCUGGACAUGAGAGGUGCCAUCGCUACAUUUAAGGUCCACAACGUGCACCACACGGACUGGCACUCUAACAGGACUGUGUUCGACCAGUGCAUCGCCAAAUGGCUCACGUAACCGCCUCCCGUGAUGCAGGGGGAGGUGAGGGUUUGGGAGCCGUGCUCCCAGAGCACCUCACAGAUUAAACCCAACUGCGACACCGCACCCACUCCCACCUCCCCCAACCCCCAACGCAGGAGGACGGAUAGAGGAGGGAGGGGAACGAGACCAGGAGGACCGAGCCAUUGUCAAGAAGACCGUUUACCAUUUCCUGGCUUAAUUAUAGAGACAGUGGACCCUGGAGGCUGACCUCUGUGAAAGAGGAGGAUG